GAGACGACUACUGUUAUACACAUCAAGCAAUCGUCAAAUGCCUCCGGUAACAAAAUUCCUAUUCCAUUCCAAAUACCAAGCAAAACUCUACAUACAUAUAUAUGGUAUCAUAUCCUAAAUCAAGCAAUAUCACAAAAAGAACUUCUCAAUCAUCCCCAACAAGUGGUCUUCCACCUCUUCCAGCUCCAGCAACCGGUCUACCUGCUCCAGCAGCCCCCACAAUUGGUCUUCCUCCACCAAACCACCCUCCCAUUCCCCCUCCAACCCCCGGCGGAGGUCCCGCUCCUCCAACUACAGGCCUUCCCGCUCCCCCCACUCCUACAACAGGUCUACCUCUCCCUGCUCCUCCAAUGACCGGUCUCCCUAUUCCCGGUGGCGGUGGAGGAGGCUGUGGCGAACCUGCCGAAUCUGAUUCCGACACUGAACUCGAAGAAUAAUCACUAUAGUAAGCUCUUCUCCUCGAAAGUCUAAAUAUAAAAAAGGCGACAAGUAUCAAAGCGAAUACUAGUAAGAUCACUAUGAGAGCUAUUGCA